AUGUCGGAAAGCGAACCGACAAUAGUGGAAGAGAAUCAAACUAUAUCAGUAUCCAUCCAAGCUAUUGUUGAUGAAGAAAAAGGAGAUGGAGCUGAUAUGCUUGAUUUAAUUCAAAAUGAAUUGAAUUCUCGUAAAAAAUUGAAAUAUAGAAUGGAAAUACCUGAAAAUUCCCCAAUUCCAAUUCUCAAGGAAAGAUAUAGCAAAUUAAAAUUUACAGAUCCUACAGAAGCUGCUAUAUUUAUUGCAAAAGAUUCAUAUAAUUCUUUUUAUCCAUUAAAUUUUGAGCAAGGAAAAAAGUUUCGUUGUCCUAACUGCCAAUUUUGCAUGGAGCUUGUAAAGACUCAUGAAAAUGGUCAACUUUUCUUCAUUCCAGUAAUUAAACACGAGCAUAGAGCAAAGCAAUGCAAGCCGAGUAACAAUAUACCAAAAAUUCUUAAGUUGCAAGCAGGAAAAAAAGUCUAUGAAUUAGCAAAUUCUGAUAAUGUUCCUCAAUGCAAAGAAAUUUUUGCAAAAGAAUUGA